UUUUAUACGUUAAAUACAUACCCUACGGUAGUGCUGUUAACGCUUUAUGUACCGGCGUUUCUUAUCGCUCUUAUAGGCAACAUCCUAGUCUUGCUUACUGUAUUUACUGAUAAAAAGGUGAAAAGAGCCAAGAAUUUUUAUCUGAUCAAUCUGGCAUUGUCUGAUUUAUGUGUGACGCUAGUUUGUAUCCCGGUGACUGUAAGCUCAAUUGUAAGUAGACUGUGGUUUUAUGGAAUAUUCAUGUGUAAAUUCACAGCAUUUCUUCAAGGAGUGGUAGUUGCCAGCAGUAUCUUUACUUUAACAGCCAUGGGAAUAGAUCGUUACAUUUCCAUUCAAUAUCCGGCUUCAGUUAGUUGGGUUACCUCCCCUAACCAAGCUUUAGGCAUCAUUGGUACCAUCUGGAUCAUAUCGUCAAUAUUCAUGGGACCAAUGAUAUAUAUUCGACAAGUGGACGAGAUAGAUCUGCCAUUAUUGUCAAGUUUGAAGUUCUGUAUUGAAAACUGGCCCCGAGAAGAGGACAGGAAGUCGUAUGGUGUUUUCUUAUUGUUGAUAGUGUACGUCAUUCCUGGGAUUACACUCAGUGUGUGUUAUGCGCAUGUCGGGCAGACGUUAUGUACCAAUGAAAUGCUUAGAGAUAGAUCUGAUUAUUAUAACAGAAGACUCUCUCGUAAACGAGCCGCUAAAGUGUUAGUCGUGUUAGUAGUAGUAUUCAUGAUGUUCUGGCUACCGUACAAUAUAUUCUCUUUGUGUGUCGACUUGACGGCCAGGCAUGCUGCUACUGCUGUAUUACCAUUCGCUUUAUGGUUGGGUCACGCCCACAGUGCCGCUAAUCCAAUUAUAUACUGGGCUUUAAAUCGUCGAUUCAGA